CCUACUAUAGCCAUGGGCACAGGAGCGCUGAAUGUUGGAUGUGUUAAACGGUCAGGGACGGUGCGGGGCGAGCUGUCCAAGCACGCGUGCGGCUGAGCGGACACGCGCGCCAGCAGGAAAGCUCACUUGAGUCAAAAUUCCACGCGCAUGCCAGGACGGCUUCGUCUCCGUGCGGUCGCGGCCAGCGUGGACGCAGAUGAUACGGCCUCUUCACCUUCUGCUGCUCUGUGAGGCGUUCCUGCUGGACAUGGUGAUGCCAGAGGAAGUAUGUCCACGGCCUCCCGAGGAAGACGGUGCAGAGGUGGACGGAGGGCAGCUGUUUUUCGAGAGAGGGACAGAGAUCUCACUGUCAUGCAUCCAAGGCUACACACCCACCGGAGGCUCCCGCAAAAUCAUCUGUAAAUCCACUGGCGAAUGGACUGAGCGCACACUGAAGUGCUCUCCAAAACGAUGUCCGGUGCCCAAUUCCCCCCAGAACGGAAAGGUGCAUUUCAACGGGAUUACGUACAAGAGUGACAUCAGCUAUUCCUGUGAUGAGGGGUACAUCCUCCAUGGCGUACGAUCCAGCUGGUGCUUACACACUGGGCAAUGGAGCAGCCCUCAGCCGGAGUGCAAACCCGUUACCUGCGGCCUUCCCGUAAUCCCCCCUUACGCCAAAAUAGUAUAUGACAGGCAGUUCAAGGGUGAUGUCGUAGAGUUCGGAAUGGGCGGGAUCUACGAGUGCCGGCCUCCCAUGAUUCUCCACGGCAACAGGAGAGUGACCUGCUUGGCCGACGGCACCUGGUUGGAGCCUCCGGAGUGCAAGCUGGUGACGUGCCCUCACCCCCCCGCCAUCGAAAACGGCUUCCUGUCCUUCGCCGAGGCAAGGGAGUAUGGGUACAGGGAGAGAGUGCGAUAUGGCUGCAUCAAGCCCUACAUCCUGUACGGCGCCAUGGAGAUCGAGUGCACAGAGACCGGCUCGUGGUCCCCGGAGCCAUCCUGCAGAAAGGGCAGUAACUGAAGCAUGUGGACGGGACGGGGGGUGUCCUACAUGCCGUUACUGCUGGGACUCCUCGAGUGGACCUGGGCCGAGUCAAGACAUCGCCAUCAAACUCCCAGAGUACAUUUAUCCAGAGUACAUUUUCUGUGGUCAUUGCGUCGUGGCUCCCGUCCGUCGUGUUGUGGCCUCUCCGUGUGGGUCUGUCUAAUAAGUCAGAGGUGUCGAUCCAUAACACAGUGGUUUGUGUUUUUUUUUCUUCAGCCCAAUUUUAUCCCUAUGAAUGUCUCACGAAUAAGUAAUAAAUGGUUUUAUAUAUUA